AUGCAGUUCACCGCCACCGCCACCGCCUUCGCCGCGCUGUUCGCCACAGCUUUGGCCCAGGUCACCGUAACUUUGCCGUCGGGUGUCUCGCUCCCCUCGGGUAUCACCUUGCCAUCUGGCGUAUCCGUCGCCACGGCCGGUGCAACAUCGUCCGCGGCAGCCAACCGCCGCUACCGCCCUCGCCAGAACAUUGGUGGCGGCAUCAGUGGCAUCAGCGCCAUCUCCGGCAUCUCGCUCAACCUCGCCGUCCCAACCGCAGGCAACUCCUAA